AUGACACUCACCAUUGCUGACGCAUAUUCUACACACGCACAGAUGUGGCGAGUGCGUCGCAAUGAGGCUGUGGGAUCAGCAGAAGGACUGCUGCAGGUGACCUUCCUGUCUAAUCUGUCACGACACACCAAAAGUGUCAAUGCGGUGCGGUUUUCGCCGUCGGGAGAGUUUCUCGCGUCUGCGGGUGACGAUGGCGCGGUAGUGGUUUGGAAGAUGGACGACCGGCCAGUGGAUGCCACCAAGCCCAACGUAGUGGGUAAUUUGGAAGCGGACGUUGAGGUGGGUGAAGAAACGUGGAAGGUGGUGCACCUCUUACGGGCUCACGUUGAAGAUGUGUACGACAUAGCCUGGUCACCUGACUCGAGCCAUCUGGCGUCUGCCAGCAUCGACAACACAGUGCACGUGUGGGAUGUGCGAGCGGGAAAAUCCGUGCAGCACCUCAAAGACCACAAGCACUACGUUCAGGGCGUCACGUGGUCACCCGAUGGGCACCUCCUGGCCACGCAGAGCAGUGACAGGACUUGUCGAGUGUACUCUAAACGAUUCAAAAAGAAUGGAACAUCUUGGGACUUUAAAAGCCACGCGAUUAUCUCACAUCAGCCGCAAUGCACCCCGAACCUGACAAAAGACGACAAAAAGCUACAAAGAUCGAAUGCGACUAAAAAGCCGAGCAUCGAUGCAACCCAGUCAAGUAACACCGCAAUACAACUAGCCGCUGCGAACUCAACGACGAGUAGUGAGCCUAGCAUGAAUCCAGAUGGAAUCAUAGAUGCAGAAAAAGUUAACCGUACACUCGUAGACAUUGACAGAAGUACGAAUACGGCCACUGGCAUCGCUGAUGGCCCGCAGAAAGUGGCUGGUGGCGAUGCCGCGGCUGCAAGCAAUAGCAGUCAAACGCAAACAGCUUCGGCUUCGACGAGCAGUAUAUGCGGGGUGAGGGGGAAGGAGAGUUCACAAACUGUAGAAAGUACGAAGACACUCUCAUGCGCCUGCGCAGAGACCUGCUCAUGCACAGCAACACACACCGACAUAAGCACACUCGCAGACAGCGGUAAAAAGAAAGUGGAGGAGGCUGCCAUACCUCCGACACGGCUGGUGCGUAUGUUUCAGGAUGAAAAUGGAGGCCAGUCAUACUUCAGAAGACUAAACUUCUCACCAGACGGGUCAAUUCUGGGCACGCCCUGUGGAGUAGAUCACACCCCCGCAGCCACCACGCCUGGCGUAUCUUCCACAAAUAACAAUACUUCGUAUUUUUUUGCCGCAAAAAGAGGAUUUACAUCACCCAUAUUCAAUACGCCGUGUAUGGAUUCACCAUCGAACGAAAUCAAAUUUUGCCCCGUAGCUUUCGAGAGGAGGAAACGGAGCAAGCACACAGGCCCAGUGAAUUCCCUGAUAGAUCUCCCGUAUCGGCUGAUUUUUGCCGUGAUGACGGUGAAUUCAGUCAUCUUCUACGACACUCAAUCACUUACUCCAUUCGCCAUGAUAUCUGACUUGCAUUAUGCACCUUUAACGGACCUUUCUUGGUCUAUGGAUGGAAAUACUGUAGUUAUUUCAUCACAAGAUGGAUAUUGUUCCAUCCUCUCAUUUGUUGAUGGAGAAUUGGGAAAUGUGGUCACGCUCAAAUCCGCCAUCGACGCCACAAGUAUCGACACCGUAACAGCUGGUACUUUCCAAUCUGAUCCAUCGCCGACAGCGGCAUCAUUACAGGAUGCUCAUGUUUCGUCAAAUGCAGAUGCUGAAUUACCACAAAACGAAGGGAAAGCUUAUAUGAGCGCAGAUGCCAAGGUUAUCACCGUCAACAAAUCAGCAUUAAGCGACACUAAAAACCCGAAUACUGCGGCGACACCUACACCUACACCCACGCCAGCACCAACGCCGCGUAGGAUACAGCCUACGGUCGUCAACACCAGCGGGUCUACGUCCGCCCCUAAACGCAUCGCACCCACGUUGCUACCCUCACCAUCUACUACACAGUUGCCUUCUAGCCAACCGCAGGCAGGUGAAGUUGAUCAGUCCCCACAGCAAACUCAGGACGACACGCAAACGCUCAAACAGUGUGAAGUAUCUGCGCAUGCCCCUGUAGAUACUCUCAACAUGACAACUGCCCAAAAUCAAGCACAUGCACAAAGUAACAAACGAGCACCCACCGAUCGCAAACGUGUGGGUUCCACGACCCCGAAGAGGAUUGCGCCAACACUAAUCACACCCGUGAAUUUAGAUUUAAGUAAGGAGUCCAAUUGCGCACCUCCACUUCGGAUGGGUGACUCGCCGGUAUGUCGUACUGAAAAGAGAGAGACAGUGCACGUAGAUAAGGAGGGGUUUGCAAACAAAAAGCGAUCACGUAUCGCACCGACGCUGCUCACCACCACGGCGUCGCCAUCUGCCGCUGCUGGGUUUACUUCAACUUGAUGUGAAUGUAAUUAAAUUCUACGGUUAAAUCACAUAUAUCGAUGAUACGCCGGUAUUGCGCAACUUAUAGAAGCG